GUGGUUUACAAAGCUGACUUAAAUAAAAAAGUGUUGAGAUGAAUGAUGAAGAGGACUUUCUGCAGGAGGAUACAACAAAAGAUGAAGUCAAUGAGACUGAAGCUAGCAAGAUGAAUAAAUUAAGAAGGACAAGAAAGAAAGUCACUAAAUCACAUGUUUGUUCAACUGAAGUGGGAGACAUGGAUAUAUCCAAUUCAAAUGAUUGCACCAGAGACAUCAAUCAAAUUUUGAUCACACCUCAACUCUCUUCUAGAAUGAAACACAUUAAACAAGCAAUGGCCAAAAAUCACCUCCAGUUUGUGCGAUUUGAAGCAACAGAUCUCCAUGGUGUGUCCAGGUCUAAGAGUAUCCCUGCACAUUUUUUUCAAGAAAAAGUGGUCCAUGGUGUUUACAUGCCCCGAGGUUAUCUUGAAUUGAUACCGAAUCCUAGGGACAAUGAAGUGAAUCACAUAAGAGCCACAUGUUUUAACAGUGACAUAGUCCUAAUGCCAGAGUUAUCGACAUUUAGAGUUCUGCCAUGGGCUGAGAGAACCGCAAGAGUGAUUUGUGAUACCUUCACCGUGACCGGCGAGCCUCUGCUGACUUCUCCGAGGUACAUUGCAAAGAGGCAGCUGAACCAGCUGCAGGACUCUGGCUUUUCUCUGCUCUCUGCCUUCAUCUAUGAUUUUUGCAUUUUUGGUGUGCCUGAAAUUAUCAACUCAAAGACCAUAUCUUUUCCUGCAACAACAUUACUAAAUAACCAUGACCAGCCCUUCAUGCAGGAACUCGUUGAUGGCUUAUAUCACACAGGAGCCAACGUCGAGAGCUUUUCCUCCUCUACCAGGCCUGGUCAGAUGGAAAUCUGUUUUCUGCCCGAAUUUGGCAUUAGUUCAGCCGAUAAUGCAUUUACUCUCAGAACAGGUGUCAAAGAAGUGGCAAGGAAAUAUAAUUACAUUGCAAGCUUUUUCAUUGAGACUGGAUUCUGCAAUUCGGGAAUUCUGUCUCACAGUCUCUGGGAUGUAGGUGGGAAGAAAAACCUCUUCUGCAACAGUUCUGGAGUUGAGCAGCUCACAGUCACUGGGAAGAAAUGGUUGGCAGGACUCUUGAAGCACUCUGCUGCUCUCAGCUGCCUGAUGGCACCUGCCGUUAGCUGCCGAAAGCGUUAUGCCAAGGAGAGUAAAGACCAGAAGGACAGUGUGCCUACAACAUGGGGAUACAAUGACAACAGCUGUGCGUUUAAUAUCAAGUGUCAUGGUGAGAAAGGCACCCGGAUAGAAAACAAACUAGGCUCAGCAACAGCAAACCCUUACCUGGUGCUGGCUGCGACUGUUGCUGCAGGCUUAGAUGGACUUCACGGUAGCGAUGAGGUCUUGGCUGGCCCGGAUGAGAGCACAGACCUUUACCCAUCAAAGCCUUCUGAGAUCCCUUUGAAACUGGAAGAUGCCCUUGUGGCACUGGAGGAAGAUCAAUGUCUGAGAGAGGCUCUAGGGGAAACUUUUAUUCGAUAUUUUGUUGCCAUGAAGAAAUAUGAGUUGGAAAAUGAAGAAACAGAUGCUGAGAGAAAUAAAUUCUUAGAGUAUUUUAUUUAGAAUUAGAACACUUAACUAUUCCUUUAGAGAUGUGAUUAUUACUUAAGUAGCUAAUCUACCAGAACCAAAAGACAGAACUUUUGUAAUUAAUGACAAGAUUACAAAUGUUUUUGUGAUUUUUUUUUGUCCCAUGGAAUAUUUGACAGAUGAAGUGGGACUGCUGAGAGGAUUCUGAUAACAGAAAUAAACAAUAAAGUUGCGGUGAAGCUGUAAUAUGCAAAUUUACUAGAUCUUGACAGUUAAUCAUCAUUUUUCUGUGUAUGUUGACCUAGAUAGGAAUAUUCAGUUCCUUGGGCAAUAAAUAUCUUUAAAAAAGACUUAAACAUUAGAAAGCAAAAUUUAAACGACUAAAA